AUCUAUAUAUCUCAAUCCGUAUUGUAAUCACAGCAAGGAGAAGAUGAACUGAUGCGAAUCACAAAUCUUUUUAAGAAAUUUAACUUCAUAGUUUAAAUCUUUCACUCCAUAUUUCAAAAGGUUACAUUUUAAAUUUUAAAUUUAAUGUCUUGCAUUUGUAGUUUUAGCUCAAUUUCUUCAUUUUCUACUGUCUCCUCUUCUCCAAGAAAAUAUUCAUCCAAGUCUCCAAUUAUCCACUGCUCUCUCCCAGGGACUGUGGCAGAACCCAAGGCUGCUUCUGUAACUGAACCCUUAUUGCUUAAUGCUGUUAGAGGAGAAGAUGUUGAAAGGCCUCCCGUUUGGCUUAUGAGGCAAGCGGGGAGGUAUAUGAAGAGUUACCAAAUCAUCUGUGAGAAGUAUCCUUCGUUUCGUGAAAGAUCGGAAAAUGUUGAUCUUGUGGUGGAGAUUUCCUUACAGCCUUGGAAAGUUUUCCAGCCAGAUGGGGUCAUUCUAUUCUCAGACAUUCUUACCCCACUGUCCGGGAUGAAUAUACCUUUUGACAUUGUGAAGGGUAAAGGCCCUAUUAUAUUUAAUCCUUUACGCGCCGCUGAAGAUGUUGAUCAAGUGAGAGAAUUUGUUCCCGAGGAGUCAGUUCCAUACGUUGGAGAAUCUUUGACAAUCCUGCGAAAAGAGGUAGAUAAUAAGGCUGCAGUGCUUGGUUUCGUUGGAGCUCCUUUCACCCUGGCAUCAUACUGUGUUGAAGGUGGAUCGUCAAAGCACUUCUCAAAAAUAAAAAGAUUAGCUUUCUCUCAGCCCAAGGUACUCCAUGCGCUGCUUCAGAAAUUUGCAACUUCCAUGGCGAAGUACGUUCAAUAUCAAGCCGACUGUGGAGCUCAAGCUGUUCAGAUCUUCGACUCAUGGGCCACUGAACUUAGCCCCGUCGAUUUUGAAGAGUUUAGUCUUCCGUACUUGAAGCAGAUUGUGGAUACUGUUAAAAAAACACACCCGAAUCUCCCUCUAAUCCUUUACGCAAGCGGAUCAGGGGGAUUGCUCGAGAGGCUAGCUUUGACAGGAGUAGAUGUAGUUAGCUUAGAUUGGACAGUUGAUAUGGCUGAAGGUAGGAGGCGAUUAGGACCCGAUAUGGCCGUUCAAGGAAAUGUAGAUCCAGGCGUUCUUUUCGGUUCGAAAGAAUUUAUCACCAACCGGAUAAAUGAUGUGGUGAGGAAAGCUGGUAAAGGGAAACAUAUAUUGAACCUUGGUCAUGGAAUUGUAGUAGGGACACCAGAAGAGAAUGUUGCUCAUUUUUUUGAGGUUGCUAAAGGAAUUAGAUAUUGAAAGUGAGUUGGUUUGAUUUUUCCUCUAGCUGAGUUUUAUGUAUUGUUUGCUCCUUUUACUCUUCAAUUGAAAUUGAUACUAUUCAAUAUUCAUGACAUUCAUUAGCUUAUGUUAAGUCAGCUUUCCAGCUUAA